CAUAUAUAUUAAUAUAUGAAGGUUAAAAAAAAAACUGGUCGACGUCUAAAGAUUGCAAACUCCCCAAACCUUUCAGAUCGCAUCUGCACCUCCAAGCCGCCACCCGUCUCCGCCUCCGCCGUCCACCCGUCUCCGCCUCCGCCUCCGCCUCCGCCGUCCGCCCGUCUCCGCCUCCGCCGUCCGCCCGUCCAGUCAUCGUUAAGCCAGCAUCAUAGGUUAGAUCUCCACCGCAACAGGAUGCAAGCAAGGUCCAGGAAGAAGAACCAGCCGACGGCCAGCCUCCCUGAAGACCUCCUCAUCGAGAUCCUUGCGCGUGUACCCUUCAAAUCGCUCUGCCGCUUCAAUUGCGUCUCACAAUCAUGGCUCGCUCUCUGCUCCGACCCUGACCUCCGCAAGAGGUCACCGCAGGCCCUAUCCGGCUUCUUCUGCUUCGCCCGCGAUGACGAAUACCAUGAGCUCAGUUUCCUCAAUUUGUCAGGCAAAGGUCGGCCUCUUGUCGACCCCGACCUCCCUUUCCUGCGCGGCAUAUGGGACAAAGGCGUCCGAGUCAUGGACUGCUGCAGCAGUCUUCUCCUCUGCCUUUGCUGGAAGUCAUCUUCAACCGAAGCAGAUUACGUUGUUUGCAAUCCGGCUACUGAGAAGUGGACUGUUUUGCCUGCUACCAAGGAGCUGCACACAAAGAAUAUCAUUCGUUUGGGUUUUGACCCAGCCUUUCCAUCCCGCUUUGCCGUAUUUGUGCUCGUGCAGGGUCUUUAUGACCGCGAGAUCACUGGAGUGGAGAUCUUCUCAUCAGAAACUGCAAGAUGGACCUAUACGCAGAGUCAGUGGGGCCAUGAGACAAGUGUGGAUGACGUCGAUGGGUCAGUUUCCGUCUUCUUCAGCGGCACACUGCAUUUGACUACUCGCGAUUCUUCAGUAAUCACAGUGGAUACAGAAGGGAAGACUUGGCAUGAAAUCCGAAUGCCACUCAGUAUGGAAGACACAACAGAUUAUGGUUUUAUCGCCGAGUGUCAGGGACGCUUGUAUGCUAUGCAUAUGGAUUACUCUAAUGGUAGGUGUCAACUCUCAGUUUGGGUCCUUGAGAAUUAUGCUAGUGGCCAGUGGACAAUAAAGCAUACAACUAACAUGAAGAGACUGAUAGGAGUUGAUGAGGUCUGUACAUUGGUCGCAUUCAAUUCGGAACGUAACUUGAUUAUCCAUAUUAAUGGACAGGACGAAAAGCUUGUGUCUUACAAUAUGGAUAGCCGGAAAUCUCAUGUUAUCUUCAGUUUCGAGAGGUUCUUUCAUCUUUGUUGUUAUCCAUACAUUCCCUGUUACGCGGAAUGGUUGCUGAAAGCAGCUCCAUGAUAACCAAGUUGCAUAUCACUAGAUCCUUCACAUAGAUCAUGUGCUGAAAAUGGGUCAGCUCUUCUAUGCGGCUUGGUUUUCUUCUGUAGGCUUGGAAGGAUUUGAAUAAUGUUGGUUUAAAAUAGACAGUUUGGAAGCUUCCCUUCUUUGGUUACUGUCUACUUGUAUGCUACUUAGUCAGUACUAAAUAGUCACUUCAAUCUAUUUGCAUACAAAUGUCUUAUACUAUGGGACAAAGGUAGUACUAGUUAUGCUGUGGUGGCUUUUGUUAGUUUCUCGUGUGGGGUGAGUCCAUAAAUGUGAGAACAAAUUAUCUAUACUUACUGUAUGCAUUCGUCUUUGUUUCUAUUUAUAAUUCUAUAUCAUGCCAUUAUCUGCAAGUUCUGUUUGUAUUUAUUCGUAAA